AUGGGGGGGGGGCAUCAUGCUAUGGGGGGGGGGGCAUCAUGCUAUGGGGGGGGGGCAUCAUGCUAUGGGGGGGGGGCAUCAUGCUAUGGGGGGGAGCAUCAUGCUAUGGGGGGGGGGGCAUCAUGCUAUGGGGGGGAGCAUCAUGCUAUGGGGGGGCAUCAUGCUAUGGGGUGGUAUCAUGCUAUGGGGGGGGGCAUCAUGCUAUGGGGGGGGGGCAUCAUGCUAUGGGGGGGAGCAUCAUGCUAUGGGGGGGAGCAUCAUGCUAUGGGGGGGAGCAUCAUGCUAUGGGGGGGAGCAUCAUGCUAUGGGGGGGGCAUCAUGCUAUGGGGGGGCAUCAUGCUAUGGGGGGGAGCAUCAUGCUAUGGGGGGGGGGGGAGCAUCAUGCUAUGGGGGGAGCAUCAUGCUAUGGGGGGGGCAUCAUGCUAUGGGGGGGGCAUCAUGCUAUGGGGGGGGGCAUCAUGCUAUGGGGGGGGGCAUCAUGCUAUGGGGGGGGGGCAUCAUGCUAUGGGGGGGGCAUCAUGCUAUGGGGGGGCAUCAUGCUAUGGGGGGGGGCAUCAUGCUAUGGGGGGGCAUCAUGCUAUGGGGGGGGCAUCAUGCUAUGGGGGGAGCAUCAUGCUAUGGGGGGGGCAUCAUGCUAUGGGGGGGGGCAUCAUGCUAUGGGGGGGGCAUCAUGCUAUGGGGCUGCUCUUCUUCAGUUGGGACUGGGCUAAGCUGGGUUCAUCCCGAGAGAACGUCUGUAAAGACCUGAGAUCUGUGGUGAGAGGAGCAGACAUCUCACUUGCUCAGAUGGGCGUCCCAGGGAAGACAGUGGGGGUCAUGUUCACGCCGCUCACAGUGAAGUACAUUUACUACGACACGGAGAGAAUCGGAGUGGACCUGCUGCAGAGGAGCCGACUGGCCCCAAACCGCGCUAAGGGCCUGACCUCUGACCUUUCCCAGGUGGGAGGGGCCGCGUCCAGAGUCCAGGACAUGCUGACCACGGUGCUGGCCUACAUCGAGGACGUCCUGGUGAGGCGCGAGGGAGGUGCGAGUGAGGGAGGUGCGAGUGAGGGAGGCGCGAGUGAGGGAGGUGUGAGUGAGGGAGGCGCGAGUGAGGGAGGCGCGAGUGAGGGAGGCGCGAGUGAGGGAGGUGCGAGUGAGGGAGGAGCGAGUGAGGGAGGAGUGAGGGAGGUGCGAGCGAGGGAGGCGCGAGCGAGGGAGGCGCGAGCGAGGGAGGCGCGAGCGAGGGAGGCGCGAGCGAGGGAGGCGCGAGCGAGGGAGGCGCGAGCGAGGGAGGCGCGAGCGAGGGAGGAGCGAGCGAGGGAGGCGCGGGCGAGGGAGGAGCGAGCGAGGGAGGCGCGGGCGAGCGAGGGAGGCGCGGGCGAGCGAGGGAGGCGCGAGCGAGGGAGGCGGGGGCGAGGGAGGCGCGGGCGAGGGAGGCGGGGGCGAGGGAGGCGGGGGCGAGGGAGGCGCGGGCGAGGGAGGCGCGGGCGAGGGAGGCGCGGGCGAGGGAGGCGCGAGCGAGGGAGGCGCGAGCGAGGGAGGAGGGCGCGAGUGAGGGAGGAGGGAGCGAGGGAGGUGCGAGGGAGGGAGGAGCGAGCGAGGGAUGAGCGAGCGAGGGAGGCGCGAGCGAGGGAGGCGCGAGCGAGGGAGGCGCGAGCGUGGGAGGCGCGAGCGUGGGAGGCGCGAGCGAGGGAGGCGCGAGCGAGGGAGGGAGGCGCGAGUGUGGGAGGCGCGAGUGAGGGAGGUGCGAGUGAGGGAGGGAGGAGCGAGCGAGGGAGGCGCGGGCGAGCGAGGGAGGCGCGGGCGAGCGAGGGAGGCGGGGGCGAGGGAGGCGCGAGCGAGCGAGGGAGGCGGGGGGGCGAGGGAGGCGGGGGCGAGGGAGGGAGGCGCGAGCGAGGGAGGCGCGAGGGAGGCGCGAGGGAGGCGCGAGCGAGGGAGGCGCGAGCGAGGGAGGCGCGAGCGAGGGAGGCGCGAGCGAGGGAGGCGCGAGCGAGGGAGGCGGGGGCGAGGGAGGCGCGAGUGAGGGAGGUGAGGGAGGCGCGAGUGAGGGAGGAGGGCGCGAGUGAGGGAGGAGGGAGCGAGGGAGGUGCGAGGGAGGGAGGAGCGAGCGAGGGAGGUGCGAGCGAGGGAGGCGCGAGCGUGGGAGGCGCGAGCGUGGGAGGCGCGAGCGAGGGAGGCGCGAGUGAGGGAGGGAGGGAGGAGCGAGUGAGGGAGGUGCGAGCGAGGGAGGCGGGAGCGAGGGAGGCGCGAGCGAGGGAGGCGCGAGCGAGGGAGGCGCGAGCGAGGGAGGCGCGAGCGAGGGAGGCGCGAGCGAGGGAGGCGCGAGCGAGGGAGGAGCGAGCGAGGGAGGCGCGGGCGAGCGAGGGAGGCGCGAGCGAGGGAGGCGGGGGCGAGGGAGGCGCGAGCGAGGGAGGCGGGGGCGAGGGAGGCGGGGGCGAGGGAGGCGCGGGCGAGGGAGGCGCGAGCGAGGGAGGCGCGAGCGAGGGAGGCGCGAGCGAGGGAGGCGCGAGCGAGGGAGGAGGGCGCGAGUGA